UUCUAGUCAUGCUUAUUUCCAAUCCCGAAUCCUUGUGAUAUAUUUCAUCAACGACAACAUUUGUAAAGCACUAUAAAUACAUGCCCGUGGCUUCCUUCAUCAUCACACAUUCAAGUGACACACAUUAAACAACCAACAAAAUGUUCAAAUUAGUAAUUGUUGCCCUCGCCCUCUUCACCUGCGGAGUGAUGGCUACUCCAGAACCCGAGGCCAAAGCAGAAGCGAAACCAGGAGUAUUGGCAGCUGCCCCACUUGUAGCAGCAGCCCCUGCUAUAGCUCCAGCUGUAGUUACAGCAACUAGUUCUCAAGCUUUCGUAAGGAAUUACAACGCUUUAGCGGCUCCACUUGUCGCAGCUCCAGCACCAGUAGCAGCUUCGUACGUUGCAGCUCCAGGUGCACCACUUUAUGCAUCCCCUUAUGUCUCACCCUACUAUGCAUCAUCUUAUUUUGCUGCACCUUAUGUCGUUUAAAAAAGUUUUACAUCAAAUCAAAUAAAAAAUUUGAAUAAACU